AUGGUCCCCAUCAUCGUGGCAGAGAUGGUAGAGCCUGCUAGAUACGCUAAAUAUAAUGCGAUAAUCUCUCUUGCUAUUGCAUUUAGCUUUCUGCUGGGGCCAUUGCUUGGUGGUGCCAUUUCUGAUGGUACCACCUGGCGCUGGAUCUUUUGGAUCAACCUCCCUGUGGGGUUCAUCGGAUUGCUUCUGGUCCUUUUUGCCAUGCCAGCUGAGUUUCCUGCGCAUUCCGAGAAUGGCAGUAAAUUUACGCUCUCAAUCAGUCCAACUAAGCGAGAUGUCCCUACCCGUGGCUCUAUCGACUAUCCGGGCUUCGUUAUACUUCUGGCUGCGUCUAUAAUGCUGAUUGUGGCUAUCGAGGAAGCUGGAAUCUCCUUCUCAUGGUCUUCAGCUCUGGUGAUUGCCUUCUUGGUUGUAAACGCGCUAUUAUCCGGUGUCCCAAUGGUGACCCUUGUGCUUGAAUUACCACUUCGCUUUAUGAGCGUGAAUGGUCGUUCUGGCCUUACCGCCGGUAUCGAUAUCUUACCAUUUACACUUAUGAUUGCAUUUGGAUCUGCUUUAAGUGGCGGUCUCACCGCAAAAGGUCGCGUUCCACCCUUCGUGGUCUUACUUUUUGCUACUACUCUACAGGUCCUCGGGGUUGGUCUUCUUUUCUCAGUCCCCAUUGACACAACAAUCCCUGCGCGCAUUUAUGGAUAUGAAAUCCUUGCUGGUCUGGGCACUGGCCUCAGUCUUACUACCCUCUUGAGCGUUACACCUUUUCUAGUGAAAAGACACGCUUUAGCCGUUGCUCUGGGUGGAGUUACCCAAUUGCGAGUCCUGGGAGGUGCAAUCGGAGUCUCUGCCGCAACAAAUCUUCUGAACAACACUGCUAGAGAGAAACUAGCAAUAUAUUUGCCUACCGAGGAAUUAGCUCGUAUUUUGAGAGAUAUCUCGUCGGUUAAAACGCUAUCGUUGGCAGAUCAGUCGAUAAUACAUGCUGCCUUUGCAGCGGGCUAUCAUAAACAGCUCGCGAUGAUCCUGGGAUUUUGUGCAGCUGAGUACAUCGCGUUAGUGCUGAUGUGGGAGUGGCCAAUGCGUCGGUUAGCCUAG